GAGAGAGGGGAAGACAGGUCAGCGCUAGCACUGUCACUCAUUCAUUGUUCUGUUCUACGGGCACACUGAACACAUGGAGUCAGAUCCUAUUCAGAAAAAGAAAAUAAAACUGAAUGAUGGCAGAUACAUGCCACUGCUGGGACUGGGAACAUGGAAGGGACAGGACUCUUCAGAGGUGUGCCAGGCCGCGACUGAGGCGGCUAUAGCUGCAGGAUACCGCCAUUUGGACACAGCGUUCAUAUAUAAGAAUGAGGUGGAGAUAGGCAGGGCUAUCCGUGCCAAGAUUCAGCAGGGCAUCAUCCGCCGUGAAGACAUGUUUGUGGUCAGCAAGCUGUGGCCCACUCACUUUGCCCCCGAAGACAUCCCUAAGUGUCUUGAUAAAUCCCUCAGUGAUCUUCAGUUAGACUACAUUGACCUGUAUCUGAUACACUUCCCCGUGGGUUUCCAGAAAGUGGGUGAUGAGGUCAUCCCAAUGAAAGAUGGAAAAGUACUCACCAGUGACAUUGACUAUGUGGAUGUGUGGAAGGGGAUGGAGGCGCUGCAGGCUUCAGGGAAAGUGAAGAGUAUCGGUGUGUCCAACUUCUCCAUCAAACAACUGGAGAGACUCCUGUCUGUGGCCAAAGUCCCACCAGCAGUCAACCAGGUGGAACUCCACCCUUACCUGGACCAGGCAGAUCUGAUUGAGUACUGCAAGUCUAAGAACAUUGUGCUCACUGCCUUCAGUCCCUUUGGCUCUCCUGGAAGACCCAAAGAAUUCCAGCGGGGUGACAAAGACCCUGAAAAGUUGCUGGAGGACCCCGUGGUGGGAGACAUUGCCAAGAAGCAUCGUAGGACUCCGUCACAGGUGCUGUUGAGGUAUCACGUGGAACAGGACAUUGUAGUGAUCCCAAAGAGUUCAAAACCUAAUCGCAUUCUGGAGAAUUCAAAGAUUUUUGAUUUUUCCCUGGAUGAAGAAGACAUGAAGAGACUGAGGUCAUUGGACCGUGGAUGGAGGGCCUGCCUGAUAGACGGGUUGGAGUCCCACCCAUUCUACCCUUUCAGUGAAAUGCACUGAACAUUUGAAGGAUCAGUGCCAAAAAGAGCUGCUCUGUCUUUGAAAUUGAAGACCACUGCUGGUGUUGAUCAUAUCAAAUGCAGAAAUCCCAGGCUGACUUGAAUGAUAUAAUUUGCCUGUUUAAGGAGUCUGGUGGAUUCCUUCCUAUUGUACAGUUGAUAUACAAUGUCUUGUUUGCCCGUCCCGACCAGUUCGCGUGCGGGAUGCUGUUAAACUGCGAUUAAAGGUGUGAUCAUGAAGCUAA